AUGGUCUUCUCCAAGUCUUCUCUCCUCGCCACCGCCGCCGCGGCUCUGGCCCUGGGCUCGGUUGUCUCUGCUCAGAGCAGCUCCGCCGCCUCGUACGACCAAGUGGCCCAGAUCCAGCUCACCUUCCCCGCCGCUGAUCUUACGCCCGUUCCCGUGCCCGCUUCGUGGCUCGACAUCCAGGGUGUGCUCAACGUCACCUUUGGCAACGUCAACGUCUCCAACAUUGGCGACAGGCUCACCGUCGCUCAGGUGCAAACCGCUCCUACCUUCCGUAUCAGUGCUCAGACUGCGGCUGCGCAGAGCGCUUCCACGUUUGGCAGCAACAGCAAGUUCACUGUCGCCUUCCUCGACGCUGGUGUGGCUGGCAAGAACACGUCGACCGAAGUCUUCUGCCACUACCUCGGCAACAACUUUACCUGGGACUCGAGCACUGGUCAGCUCAGGAACCAGACCGCUGCCCGCGUCGCUUACGGUGCGCCCCAGCCUGCUACGAAUGACGGACCUCACCGUUACAUGCAGCUCGUCUUCCAGCAGUUUGACAACUUUACUGCUCCCGCUACCCCCGCCGCCAACGCCGCCAUCCAGCGCCUCGAGCUGCAGGACUACUACAACAGUGCCAGGGGUGGUCUUGGCAAGAUUGUUGCCGCCAACUACAUCCAGAUCGAAGUGGGCCAGGCUGCUGCGCCAAGCUCCACCUCGGCUGUCCCGCAGGCUAGCGUGACGGCGCUUGCUGCUAGCAAGAGCAGCGCCGCUGGCACCAAGACUGGCUCAUCGAGCGCUGCCGGUGCUUCGGGCUCGGGCUCGGGCCCGAGUGCUGCUGCUUCCAUGCUGGGCUCUGUGCCUAUGGCUGGUAUCGUGGCUAUGGGCUCGGCCGCUCUUCUGGGUGCUUUUAUGCUCUAA